AUGCGAGCCUCUGAGCUCCCUGGACUGGGCUUGCAAACAGUGCAGAAUCUGGAGAAUCAGAAAUCCGAUAUAUUGGCACUAAAGCUGGACAGGGUCGACCGAGUCGCGAGUGCUAGUGCGCUUCUUGUUCACCUAGGCCUUCUCAUCUGGGCAAUUGAGGUCUUGUGGUUGUGGUUAGCAGGUAUCAACAAAAUGGCAGAAUCUGCUUUGGCCCGAAAUAUCUUGCGGUUCACAAGAACGCUUUUGGUUUCCAUUUCGCUUACUGCAACUGUAUCAGCCAUGAUCAUUGGGCUGAUCUGGCUGGGCCUGAAGUACACUGGACGCUUUCCCCAGCAGGAUAAGCCAACACGGGUUCUUAAUCUGCAAUUCAAGGCAGCAGCAAUGUUUUUGUUUCUGUCUGCUCUUGUGUCGGAAGGAAGAAGCGAGAACAAAGAAGCCUGUAAUGAUUGUCCCAAGCCAUUCAUCCCCCCUCCACCAUUGUGGUUGCAUAGAGGCAAAAUUAUGGCUGUUAUUUGGUACUUCAUCGCAGCCAUAUAUUCGGGAUUCUGGUUCUCGCUUUUAUGGAUCUGUCGCCGCUGGCCAGUCGUCGCAAGCGCCUUACUCAUUGAACAGCCAUCUGCAGACCCGGGUGAGGGGGGUCAGCACUCCGAUCCUCCGAUUCCGCAGCCAUCUCUCAUCGACUUUGAAGCUUGGGUGUCGCUGUGCUUCUUCCUGACGAAUAUUGUGGUUGUUGUCUUGUGGUAUGCUUUCAUAUACGAUUCCACAGGCACAGCGAAUCCACCCUGGACAGAUAUUUUCGGGAAGUGA